UCUCUUCUCCUCCUCCACCCCCCCUGCGCGCGCCAGCAGCAAAAGCGAGAGCCAGACAGCGCGCGCGGGGCAGGCUGAAUGGUCGCCGCGCAUGUUCGUGGAGGCCAGCUGUAGCCGGCCUGCCAGGAUCAUCACCCAUCCCGCCAUCUUGGCCUUUGUCCUUCUUUUGGGGCCUGUUUGGUGCCCUGGAUGGUUACCAUGGAGAACGAGCAGCUGCAAGUCCCUCCUCCUACCAGCAGCGCCACGGCCACCAGCGGCAGCAGCAGCAACGGCCGCCAGGCGGGGCCACAGAUCUCCGUGUACAGUGGGAUCCCUGAUCGCCAGACUGUCCAGGUGAUCCAGCAGGCCUUGCACCGGCAGCCCAACACGGCGGCGCAAUAUCUGCAGCAAAUGUACGCCGCCCAGCAGCAGCACCUAAUGCUCCAGACAGCCGCCCUCCAGCAACAGCAUCUCAGUAGCACUCAGCUCCAGAGCUUGGCUGCUGUCCAGCAGGCAAGUCUGGCCGCCAACAGGCAGAACGGUUCGUCUAGCAGCAAUGGCCCCACACAGACGCCACCUCAGCAAUCCACGAUAAACCUGGCGACGUCCCCAGCUGCCGCUCAGCUUAUCAACCGGGCCCAGAGCGUGAACUCUGCUACUGCCUCGGGCAUCGCCCAGCAAGCGGUCCUCUUGGGCAACGCCAGCAGCCCCACCCUGACCGCCAGCCAGGCCCAGAUGUACCUGCGGGCUCAGAUGGCCCAGCAGAGUAACCUUGUGCAAGUAGCUAGGAGCCUAGGCCGCCCUCUUCCUCUCUCCCCGCAGCUCAUCUUCACGCCCACGGCCACCGUUGCUGCGGUGCAGCCUGAGGGAGCUGUCACCACCACCACCACCACCACCCAGGCAUCCACCACCACAGCUCAGGUACAAAAUUCGUCUCUGCGCACCCAACAGGCGGCAGCCCAGGGGCUGACUUCCUCCCCAGGCCAACAGCUCCCUGCAUUGGCCAUGAAGCCUACCCCGACCAGCAGUAACCAUGCCUCCUCCUCGUCUCCGGCUUCUCAGGGAAAGGUUGCUGGGCAGGCUCCUGGCGCCAAGGCGGGCGUUCCUGAACACGCACCGGAGCACCUUAGAAAGGGAGAGGGGGGCGGCGGCAGUGGGGCAGCUGGCAGCUUGGAUGGGCGAGGAAGCACUGUGAACCGGACAAUGACUCCGGUCACGACUCACCCGCUCAUUGCCCCAGCCUAUUCUCAGCUCCAGACCCACCAACUUGUGCAGCCGCCACCGCCGCUGCAGCAGAAGCCAAUUCAACACCAGUUUGUGAUCCAGCAGCAGCAGCACCUCCAGCCCAGAGCUCCACAGCUGCAGGGUCUCGCCUCGCCGCCUCCGAGCUUCGGGGCGCCCCCCAGCCUGCACGCCCAAGGGCCCUUGCAGAACCAGCCCUCCCCGGCUCGCCUGCCUGCCUGCCAAGCCCCCAGCCAGCACAAGCCCUGUGCCAACCAGCCGUCGCAGCAUGCCGUGCCGCCCUCCGGGGCCCCGGCGCUGGGGCCACAGAGGCCGGACGGCAGCUCCCCCACUCCUCGGCCUGCUGGCUGCCCAAACCACACAGGCCAGCGCAAGUUCCAACAUGCCUCGGCCGUCAUCCUGCAACUGCAGCCGCCCGUUGGGACGCCACCUCUCAUCAGCCAAGAGAAUUCCAGGAAAGACCUUUUUCCUGUUGAGAAGCCCCUGGCAGAGCCUCGGGCACCUCAGUCUCUUCUCCCACCCCAGGCUGCCUCAACACCGCCGCCGCCGGCCCCUCCUGAACCGCAGGCGUCUGAGUCCACUGGGACCCCAACCCACGAGGCGGGCUGGGACAGCAUUCGCCAGCCGCUGGACGCCAGCAGCCCCGGUAUGACAUCGGGGAACGGGAGUUCUGCCUCCACCGUUGCCGGCACUGCCCCCCAGAACGGUGAGAACAAGCCACCCCAAGCCAUUGUGAAGCCGCAGAUCCUGACCCACGUCAUCGAGGGGUUUGUGAUCCAGGAAGGGGCCGAGCCGUUUCCGGUGGGGCGCUCUUCACUGCUGGUGGGGAGCCUCAAGACGAAGUAUGUUCAGGACCUCCUGGCCGAAAAACCGCAGCAACAGGACAACACCAACACCACCGACUCCGAAAUGGAGGAUCCCUAUUUGCAAGAAUCCAAAGAUGACGGGUCACCCCCAAAGUUGAAGUGUGAGCUCUGCGGUCGCCUCGACUUUGCCUACAAGUUCAAGCGGUCGAAACGGUUCUGCUCGAUGGCUUGUGCAAAGAGAUACAAUGUGGGAUGUACUAAGCGAGUGGGGCUUUUCCACCCCGACCGCAGCAAGCUUCAGAAGCCCAGCACGACUCCGCACGGCCGGCGUAGAACCUGCAAGGGUGCCCUGCCCCCUCUCAGUAAAGAAAACAAGAAACAGGUGCCGGUGUCACUGCCCCCUGGCUCGGGCCCCAUCUCCGUCACUGGCUCACUGCAGCUCGCCCACGGGCAAGAGGACUCGAGCCGGUGCUCAGACAACUCUAGCUACGAGGAGCCCCUUUCGCCCCUCUCGGCCAGUUCGUCCGCCUCCCGCCGGCGCCAGGGCGAGCGGGACAUGGAGCUGCCAGAUGUGCACAUCCAGGACCUCGUGAGCAUUGGGCACCACUUCCUGCCCAGCGAGCCCACCAAAUGGAACGUGGAAGAUGUGUAUGAGUUCAUCCGCUCCUUGCCCGGUUGCCAGGAAAUUGCUGAGGAGUUCCGUGCGCAAGAGAUCGACGGCCAGGCGCUGCUGCUGCUGAAGGAGGACCAUCUCAUGAGCGCCAUGAACAUCAAGCUGGGCCCGGCCCUCAAGAUCUACGCUCGCAUCUGCAUGCUGAAAGACUCCUAGAGGCAGGCAGGCUGCGGUGCCUCCUGGCGUGGACGCGUGUUUUGCCGGGGGGGGGGGGUUUGCGCAUGGGAGGAAUAGAAUGGACUCAGCUUUCUUGCGUCUUCUCCCCCUCUUUCACAAUGUAACUUGAGCACAAAGUCCCCUGCUUAAUAGGAGGGGUGAGGCGAGAGAGACAGACAGACAGACAGACCCUAACUUGGUGUGGUGGGCUGUCCAGCGGCCAAGGGGCUGUCCAUAGCAGGUACCAUUAGCUUCCCUUUUGGCGCCUCCCCCACAAUGGAGCCAGCAUGGUGGUGGAAGGUGAGAGGCAACAUUUUUUAGGGUGCGGGGGAGGGACCCUCUCCUCCUCCCCCUCGGAAGCCUCUUCUGACCCCUGGAGGCAACUAAAUCCCCCUUGGAUCGGACAAGCCUACUUGAAAUCUCAAAAGCCAAACAGGACUGUUGCCUUAAAUUUUUGUGUAGCUGUGCGUGUGCGUGGUUGUGCUACCGAAUAGUGCCCUCUCUGUUCCUUUCGACACCCUCACCCCUGCUCCCUUUCCUCUUCUGUGUUCUCCAUCUUCCAUGGGGCAGCAGGUGAAUUGCCCCCCCCCCUUGAAGCUUGCCAGGUUUGGGGCAAGAGCACAGAAGCUGCUGCUGUAGGCCAGGGCAUCUCUAUCUCCUCCCGUGGAUCUCUCUCUCGCCCCGCCCCCAGGCUGUUUGUUUCUCCCUUGCAAGGGGGAUGUGAGUCACCAGGCGUGAGAACAGGCUGGCUGAUGCCCUGGGCUACAGGGUCUCCCCGGGGAGGCGCCUCUUUGGACGUGGGACCAUUUCUUCACCUGCCUUAAAAAACUAAAUUAAAUGGCCCUUUUUUGACCCGUGCCGCAAACAUCAACCCCCAUUCUCCCCCUUCCCCUCCGAUCAGGGCGGAGGUAGGAGGAGCCGGCUCCCUCCCUGGAAGAUGGGGCUGGCCUCUGGUUUGUCAAGGGUGGGUGGGCUGUCCUUGGGUGAUCAGGGGUGGGGAAAGGGGGAGGAUGGGAUUGCAGCUGAGCUGCGUUUCCACCCCUCACCGGCCCUUGACGGUUUGUGUGUGAUGCCCCCCCUUUCCUCCCCACGUGCUGGCCACUCACCACAGCCUCUGGGCUGCAAGCAAAAGACUUCCUACUGUUCCCUCCUCCUUUUUAAUAAACUCCUUUUGAAAAAAACAGACGUAUUGAAAAGCCUUCCUUGGUGCAGGUUGUUCCUCAGUGAUUGGGGACAUGUCCCGAGACAUUUUGCUGCCUGAGGCGAAGGGUUCCCCUCCCACAUAGAGAAUCCAACCGGAGAGGCAGCCGCUGGCACUCCACACUCACCCCUGGGGUAGCAGGCGCUCUUG